CUUGCAGCCCGGCCAUGCUGACCCCCGAGGGCCCCUUCUCCUCCGACCGGGAGGCCCUGGAGCUGGACUCGGAGGAAGAGGAAGAAGAGCUGGCCGGCCGCAAUGGGGACCUCCGGGACGGAAGGGACCCAGGUGUCCGUCCUGCCUUGUGGUGCGCCCACCGCCCGAAGCCCCUCCGCUCCCCGGGGUCGUUCUUCCAUCGGGGCGUCCCGCUCGUGGCCAAGGUCGAGGGCGCCGAGAGGUACACCAGCGGGUCCAAGGUGCGCCCGACCACGGUGUACACCUUGCGCUUGACCCACGGCGCCUUCUCCUGGACCACGAAGAAGAAGUUCAAGCACUUCCAGGAGCUGCACUGGGACCUCAUGCGCCACCGCAUGCUGCUGGCCUUCAUCCCGCUCUCCAGGUUCUCUGCUCACGGUUCUCCUCCAGAAGGAGUGAGCCUGGGGCUGCCCUCCCUGCCCCACGGAGGAGGAGGAGGAGGAAGCGGGGGUGAAGUGUCCCGGCGCCCUUCCAGCAAACAGAAACACCUGGAGGAGUACCUCAACACCCUUUUGGGGUCCAGCUUCUACCGGGACCACCACGCUCUGACCGAGUUCCUGGACGUGAGCCCGCUCUCCUUCAUCCCGGACCUGGGGCCCAAAGGCCUGGAAGGCAUGAUCCUCAAGCGGUCCGGAGGGCACCGGGUCCAGGGCCUGAACUGCGCCGGACGCCACCAGAUCUGCUACCGGUGGUCCAAGAGGUGGCUGGUGGUGAAGGACUCCUUCCUGCUGUACCUGAGGCCCGAGUCGGGUUCCAUCUCCUUCGUCCUGCUUUUCGAUACCGGGUUCCAGAUCCAGGCGGGGCUGAAGGCCGCCGAGACCAAGCACGGGGUCCGCGUGGACAACACCUGCAGGUCUCUGAUCCUGAAGUGCAGCAGCUACCGGCAGGCGCUCUGGUGGUGCCAGGAGAUCUCCGAGCUGGCCCAGGGCAAGGGGCGCGACUUCCUCCGCCUGCACCGCCACGACAGCUUCUCCCCCCUCCGCAAGGAGACCCCCGCCCGAUGGUUCGUCAACGGGGACGGGUAUUUUGCCGCCGUGGCCGACGCCCUGACGCGGGCCAAGGAGGAGAUCUUCAUCACCGACUGGUGGCUCAGCCCUGAAAUCUACCUGAAGCGCCCGGCCCAGUCAGACGAGUGGCGCCUGGACCUCAUCCUGAAGCACAAAGCCGAGGAGGGGGUCCGCGUCUGCGUCCUGCUCUUCAAGGAGGUGGAGCUGGCCCUCGGCAUCAACAGCGGAUACAGCAAGAGGGCCCUCAUGCUCCUCCACCCCAACAUCAAGGUCAUGCGCCACCCCGACCACGUCUCCUCCGUGGUCUUCCUGUGGGCCCACCACGAGAAGCUGGUGGUGGUGGACCAGGCCGUGGCCUUCCUGGGGGGGCUGGACUUGGCCUACGGUCGGUGGGACAACCACGAGUACCGCCUCUCCGACCUGGAUGGGCAGGACUGCCUCGGGACCAAGGGUGGAGGUCCCGCUUCCAGUGGCGGGGAGGAGCCCCCCAUGGACCUGUCGACCAACCAGCGCCUCUGGCUGGGCAAGGACUACAGCAACCUCAUUGCCAAGGACUGGGUGCAGCUGGACAAGCCCUUCGAAGACUUCAUUGACCGCUGUGAGACCCCCCGGAUGCCCUGGAGGGACGUGGGGGUGGCCGUCCACGGAGCCCCCGCCCGAGACCUGGCCAGGCACUUCGUCCAGCGCUGGAACUUCACCAAGACCAUGAAGUCCAAGUACAAGGGGGCGGAGUACCCCUACCUGCUCCCCAAGUCCCCCAAAGUGGACCCUCACCUGCCCUACCUGGCCCCGGGGUCACAGAGCGUCAACGUCCAGGUCUUGCGCUCGGUGGACCGCUGGUCGGCCGGCCUCCACGAAUGCUCCAUCUACAAGGCCUACCUGAGCGCCAUCCGAAACAGCCGCCAUUACCUCUACAUCGAGAACCAGUUCUUCAUCUCCUGUGCGGACGGGCGCUCGGUGCUCAACACGGUGGGCGACGCCAUUGUGGAGCGCGUGCUCCAGGCGCACAGUGAGAAGAAGCCCUUCCGGGUCUUUGUGCUUCUCCCGCUUUUGCCCGGCUUCGAAGGGGACAUUGCUCAGGGCGGAGGCAACUCCAUCCAAGCCAUUCUGCACUUCACCUACCGGACUAUUUGCCGUGGCGAGGCCUCCAUCAUUGCUCGACUCAGCUCAGUCAUGGGGGAAGAAUGGAAGAACUACCUCUCCUUCUGCGGGCUGCGGACCCACGGAGAGCUGCGGGGACGGAUCCUCACGGAGCUGGUCUACAUCCACAGCAAGAUGCUCAUCGCGGACGACCGGCUGGUCAUCAUCGGGUCGGCCAACAUCAACGACCGGAGCCUCCUGGGGAAACGGGACAGCGAACUGGCCGUUGUGGUGGAGGAUACGGAGUUUGUGGCUUCCAUCAUGGAUGGUCAAGCUUUCCAGGCGGGGAGGUUCGCGCUCAGCUUGCGCCUGGACUGCUUCAAGUGCGUUUUGGGUGCGUCCAGCGAGCGUGACGCCGAGAUUCAGGACCCGGUCAGCGACCACUUCUUCCACGAAGUCUGGCAAAAGCGGGCCUCCUCCAACACCGACGUCUACGACAAGGUCUUCCGCUGCCUGCCCACGGACUCGGUCCCGUCCCAGCGUGUCCUGCGGGAGUACGUGGGGGUGGACAGCCUGGCCUCGGUCAGUCCCAUCGUGGCUCGGGAGGAGCUGCAGAAGGUCCAGGGCCACCUGGUGCGCUUCCCGCUGGGCUUCCUGGCCGAGGAGUCCCUCCUCCCGCCCCUCAGCAGCAAAGAGGGCAUGGUCCCCGUCGAGGUCUGGACCUGAGGCCACUGCGGGACGACAGGGACCCUGCCGUGGAGGCGCUGCUCCGUUGGGUUGACGUUCGCUCUGAAGAAAGCGGGGCUGGAGGGUUGUGUCCAUCUCUCCCCUGUUCCAGGGCGAGGACAGGCUUGCUCCAUUCACACCAGCAUUGCGCACACCUGGACCAGGACCGGAGGUGUGCCAUCUGGACCAUCCCUAUCUUCAAAACAUUCCAGAUGAUUGCAGGAGAAGGGCCGAGGGGCUGGAAUGGGUCACUCCGCUUCCUUCCUUCUUUUCCCAUUGUUUACAUUCCAGAGCCAAGCCUCCGCCACACAUUCCAACCCAACUUCAGAACCACAUUUGACGCCUUGUCCACCUUUCAACAGAACUUUCCAAACUGGCUUCCAUGCGCGGAAGCUUGAAAACACUAUUUUUAAAAAUAUUUUUAUAUAUUUGUAUGUUUUGGGUUCUGAAUAUGAAUUCUCCUUUUCUGUCUCUGUAUUGCAUGCCACAGAGUGCCUUGGAGCAAAUUUGUGAGGCAGGUAUUCUUCUGCGCACGGGCCAUUCCUGCCCUCUUUUUGCCUUCCAAAUUUUUGCCUUCCAAAUCCAUAUGCUGUCUUUGCAGAGCGACACAGAAAGGGACAGUUUCAAACUGAUGGAGAGAAAGGAGUUUGAACUGCAUUAUAUCGUCAGUGCAGACCCAUAUCAUGCAAUUCAAAGCACUGAAGUCUCCAAAGCAAUCUUCUACCAGCCCCUUUCUCUCAAUUGGCUUCAAAGGUGCUAAAGCAGGCAUGGGCCAACUUGGGCCCUCCCUCCAGGUGUUUUGGACUGCAACUCCCACAAUUCCUAACAGCCUACUGGCUGUUA